AAAAAUACAAGAUAAUAAAACACUAAAUAUUGUAAAUGUUUUAUUUUACGUUAAUUAUGUAUCAUUAAUUAUUAUACGUAAACUAUUAUGAACUAACCUAUCCGUAUUCAAUACCCAUCUGUUUAGAACUGAUAAUACAAAAGACAAAUUUAAAGAUAAUUUUUAAAUAACCUGUUUCUCAGCCGUAAUAAAAACCGAUGAAACUCCUUAAUACGUUUAACGCGAUAUCCGUUUUUCACAUUUUACAUAACCUUUUUGGAAACAGUCUUCUUACUGAAUCACACUGCGUUGCGUAUAAUUUACUAUAACACAAUAAAGUAGCGACUCGUAAAAUUGAGUGUACAAUAUUUUCCCACUAUCACCAACUGCUGAUAAGAGCGGCGUGGCAACGAAGCACAGAUGCUUCUCGAGAAAGAUACUAAGUUUAUUGACUGUCACUCAAGAUGGCGCGGCCCCUAUGCGUUGCCGUCAUCGCCUUAGCGUUGUUUGUGGGCCCGAGUCUGUCAGUGCCAGCUCCCUCACCAGAUCCAAGAGUUGGCUGUUACCGUUGUGAAAGUGCAAAUUCUGGCGGCGGUGGUCUCUUAUCUACUCUCGGAGAUAUAAUUAAUUUGGUUCUAGCAAGCGUUCUUCAGUUAGUGUCCUCUUUGUUGUCGGGAGUAGGAGCCUUACUAGGGCCUGCUACAGACGCGACCACACUCCUUGGAGCUCUUAAUGGCCUUAACAGUUUAGAAGCCUUUUUGGGGAGUUUGCAGCUUGUGCCGAAACUCCUCAACAUCGUCAAUGUUCCCACGGCUAUUCUAGGAUAAUAUUUAGGCUAUUUGCAGUUUUACUUUUUAUAUUCCCUGCUUUUUGAAGAAGAACCUUUUUAUGUCUAGUAACUUUAAUGACAUUAUUUUAAAUUGUACGAGUACAUUUAUUUGCAGAAUAGAUUUUUCAGUUGCGAUAUGUAAAAAUUAAGAACUAAAAUAUCAUACCUUCGUUAUAUUUUUACAUUAAGUAUUUUCUCUGUUAAAAAACUAUAAUAACUUUUUAGAUUUCAUUUAUUGAAUCAAUUAGUUAAUAUACCCACCAUAUCAGCAUAGUUUUGUUAUUUGUUAUAGAAUUGUUAAGACUUCUAUGUAUAAAGGAAAUAAAAACUAAUAUAAGACUCGUUUUUAUAAACA